AUGGCGGCGCCGGGACCCCCGAACCCAGCCCGGGACCCCCAAAUCCGCCCCCCGCCCCCCCCCACCCCGACCCCCGCGACCGGCGCCGCUUCCGGAGGGCGCCCCCCAGCGGCGCCGCGGCGGCUCCGGGGGGACCCCGCGCUGGAACGGGGGCGGGAGGGGGGGGGGGUCUCACCGGACCCCUCCCCACCCCGUUAUCCCCGCCCGGACCCUCCCCACGCCGGCCCCGUGAACCCUCCGGGAUCCGCUCACGGUGUCCCGUGGGGCCGCCGGGGCAGCAGCGCCUCCCCGCAGCCCCGUGCGGGGGUCCCGGGGGGUGCCGGGCUCAGCGCCGCGCCCCCUCCCCGCGCCGGCCUCUCGUCCGGUCCCCCCCCCCACCACGGCGUCCGGUGCCCCCGGCCCGCCCCGUCCGGCGCUGGUUCCUUUUCCUUUGUCCCGGUGACAAUGUCCCGGCUCCGCCUUCCCGGGGCCGCCUCAGCCAGCGCGGGGAACCGCCGGACCCCCGGGAGCCCAGAGCGGCCGGGCCGCCCCCUGCCCCCCCCCGGGAACGCCGCCGGACGCCGCUUCCUCCCCCCUCCGGGCCGCGGGGGCUCCGGCGGGACCAGGCGGGGACGGGACGGGGCGCGGGGGGCCCCGGGGACGGGACGGGGCCGAGGGGAUCGAGGACGGACCCCUCCCCUCCCCGGGCGCCCAUCGGGCCUCCCUGAGCACCAAGGAAGCCCCCCAGGACCCCCCCAGCCCCCCACAGGACCCCCAAACCCCCCCAGCGCCAUCGCUGGGGCUGGGGGGGGAAGCACCCCAUGGAGUGGGGCCGAGCAUCCCCCUCCCCAUCCCCCCCGGCGGGGUCCCACUCCCCCUCACCCCCUCUUUCCCCGUCACCCCCCCUUUCCCCCCUCUUCCCAGAGGGGUCUCGCUCCCUUUCCCCCCCUCCCCGAGGGGUCCCGCUCCCCUUCUCCAUCCCCGGGGGGCUCCCGUUCCCCGUCCCCCCAUCCCCGGGGGGGUCCCGCUCUCCCUCCCCUCCAUCCCCGGGGGGCUCCCGCUCCCCAUCCCCUCCGGGGGCUGGAACCGGCCCGGGCGGCUUUCGGGGAGCUGCGGCUGGAGGAGGUGAUCGGGGCCGGGGGCUUCGGCCGAGUUUUCCGCGGGACGUGGCGGGGCCAGGUGGUGGCGGUGAAGGCGGCUCGGGGGGACGCGGGGGCUGCGGGGGCUGCCAGCCUCAGGAGGGAGGCGAGGCUCUACGCCCGCCUGCGACACCCCAACGUGGUGGCCCUGAGAGCCGUGUGCCUGGAGCCCCCCCACCUGUGCCUGGUGAUGGAAUUCGCGGCCGGGGGGCCGCUGUCCAGGGCUCUGGCCGGCCGCAGGGUCCCCCCCGCCGUCCUGCUGGACUGGGCGCGCCAGGUGGCGCGGGGGAUGCGGUACCUGCACUCCGGGACCCCCGUGCCCCUCAUCCACCGCGACCUCAAAUCCAGCAAUGUGCUGCUGGCACAGCCGGUUGUGGGGGAUGAUGUGAGUGGGAAAACGCUGAAAAUCACCGAUUUCGGCCUGGCCCGGGAGUGGCAGCGAACGACCAAGAUGAGCGCGGCCGGGACCUACGCCUGGAUGGCCCCCGAGGUCAUCCGGGCAUCCACCUUCUCCAAGGGCAGCGACGUCUGGAGUUACGGGGUGCUGCUGUGGGAGCUGCUGACCGGGGAGGUGCCGUACCGGGGCAUCGAUGGCCUGGCCGUGGCCUACGGGGUGGCCGUGAACAAACUGACCCUGCCCAUCCCGUCCACCUGCCCCCCGCCCUUCGCCCAGCUCAUGGCAGCCUGCUGGGAGCAGGACCCCCACCGGCGGCCGGGCUUCGGGACCAUCCUGCGGCGCCUGGGGGGGCUGGAGCCGGGGGGGCUGGGGCCCCCCGAGUCCUUCCACUCCCUGCAGGAAUCCUGGCGCCGCGAGAUCCAGGGGCUCUUCGACGAGCUGAGGGCGCGGGAGAAGGAGCUGCGCAGCCGGGAGGAGGCUGUGGCCAGAGCCUCGCGGGCCCAGCGCUCCCAGGCCGAGGCUCUGCGGCAGCGAGAAGCCGCCGUGGCCCGCAGGGAGCUGGAGGUGCUGGAGCGGGAGCUCAGCCUCAUGCUCAGGGGACCCCCCCGGCCGACCCCCGCCCCAAAACGACGGCGACCCCCCUUUCGGAGGCCACGGAAACCCUGGACCCGGUGGACGCCGAGAGCAGCCGCAUGGACUCCAACUUCGGGCUGGUGGGGGGGGUCCCUGGGGGGCUCCCCCCGCGCCCGCGGCCGCAUCGAGUGCAAGUGCGGGGCGGCCUCGUGCCGCAAAUUCCUGUUCUGA